AUGGACGUCUUGACAUGGAUGAGAAAGCACAGACUCGUGUUUGGCACCGACAUCGUUAAGAUGUUUAGACAGAUACGACAACAAAUCUCCUAUCAGAUAACCACAGUCACCUACGGUCUCAACUGUUCUCCAUGGCUAUCUCUGAGAGUUCUUCAACAAUUAGCGGAGGAUGAGGGUCACCGCUUCCCAGCAGCCGUCGAGACAAUCACCAGAGGUCGGUACGUUGACGACAUCUACGGCGGAGCUGAGUCAGCAGAACUCAAGGAGAUAGUCUGGCAACUACAAGGACUCUGUCAGGCUGGAGGCUUCGCUCUUCAGAAAUGGAGCAGCAAUUGCCCACGGCUAUUGCAUGAGCUCGGAUUAUCAACAGAGGAAGCCGUAAUCCAGUUUGAAGAAUCAGUCACCAAAGUUCCUGGAAUGUGUUGGCAUCAGUCGUCCGACACAUUCAAGUAUAAAUCCAGAGACUUCAACACACAGACGAUCACCAAAAGGGUUUUAUCUUCAGAGAUAGCUCAGAUCUUCGAUCCUUUGGGCUUCAUCGCUCCAGUCGUCGUAAAAGGGAAAAUCCUCCUACAGGAUCUCUGGAAACUCAAAUGUAAUUGGGAUGACCCCCUCCCCACGGAGUACACUCAACGGUGGGAGUUAUUUCGCCAGGAACUCACAGAAUUGGACAAAGUUGCUAUACCCAGAUGGCUCAAUUUAACAUAA